AUGUCGGACCCCAGCGGCUCCCGCGCGCCAAAGACCUCCGAGCCAAACCCCUUCACACGCCUGCUGUCCCCGCGCUUCGACGGCAACAACAGCGACCACGGCACCUUCUCGUCCGACGACGACACGCGCCCGACCACGCCGCAGAUUCUCGGCGCCACCAGCUCAGAGGUGCGCAUGGGCGGCGGCAUCCUGCUGAAGCGCAAAACAACCACGGCACGCAUGGCGCAGGAGGCGGGCGUCAAGCGGCCCUGGCUGAUGUAUGCGAGCUACUACAUCCCCAGUAUUGGCUGGAUGAGGGAGUAUGACCGGAGCUGUCUGCUGGGGGAUGUGGUUGCUGGUGUGACUAUGGCGUCGUUCUAUAUCCCCAUGGCCCUCUCGCUGUCGGCGAAUCUGGCGCAUCUCCCGCCCAUCCACGGGCUCUACUCGUUUGCGAUCCAGCCGCUGGUCUACGCCCUCCUGGGUUCCUGCCCGACCAUGGCCGUCGGCCCCGAAGCCGCCGGCUCCCUCCUUCUCGGCACCGCCAUCCGCACGCUGAACCAGCACCACGCCCCCGCCUUCGACGACGGCGACGAGGCCGAGAACAACGCGCGCCUCGCCGGCGUCAUCACGGGCAUGACGGGCGCCUUCGCCUUCAUUGCGGGCAUCGUGCGCCUGGGCUUCCUCGACAGCGUGCUCAGCCGGCCGCUGCUGCGCGGCUUCAUCUCCGCCGUGGGCUUCGUCAUCUUUGUGGACCAGUCCAUCCCCGAGCUGGGGCUCACGGACGCGGCAAAGGCGGCCGGCGUGCUGCACAGCAGCUCGCUGACAAAGGCCGUGUGGAUCCUGCGCAACCUGGGCGACACGCAUACGCUCACGUUCGCGGUGGCGGCCGUCUCGUUCGGCAUCAUCAUGGUUGGGCGCCACCUGAAGAAGGUGUUUGAGAAGCGCGCGCCGUACAUUGCGUUCCUGCCCGACCGCUUCCUCGUCGUCGUGAUCUCGGCCAUCCUCACGUACAACCUCAGCUGGGACACAAAGGGCCUGCAGGUGCUGGGCAACGUCGAGGCGCCCAGCGGAUCCCUCUUCAGCUUCAAGUUCCCCUUCCAGCUCUCGCACCUCACAAACCUGCAGGAGACCAUGUCCACGGCCUUCCUCAUCUCCGUGCUGGGCUUCUUCGAGUCCGUCGUCGCCGCAAAGUCGCUCGGCACAACGCUCGACGCCAACAUCUCCUCGAACCGCGAACUCAUCGCCCUGGGCACGGCCAACAUGCUCGGCGGCUGCUUCCAGUCCCUCCCCGCCUUUGGCGGCUACGGCCGCAGCAAGGUCAACAAGGCCACCGGCGGCCGCACACCAAUCUCCUCCGUCGUCCUCUCCGUCUGCACAAUCAUAUGCACCAUCUUCCUCCUCCCCUACUUCUACUACCUCCCGCGCUGCGUGCUCUGCGCCAUGAUCUCCGUCGUCGCCGUGUCGCUGCUCGAGGAGGCGCCAGAGGACAUCGCCUUCUUCUACCACAUCCGCGCAUACGCAGACCUGGCAACCAUGCUGCUCGUCUUCCUGACCACCGUCAUAUGGUCCCUCGAGACGGGCAUCGCAAUCGGCGUCGGCAUCUCCCUCAUCCAGGUGAUCCGCCACUCGACGCGCGCGCGCAUCCAGAUCCUUGGCCGCGUGCCGGGGACGCUGAAUACGUUCAAGGCCGCGGAAGAGGUGCCGGCCGAGGAGCUGGAGGACGUGGAGGGGUGUCUGAUUGUGAAGCUGACGGAGGGGCUGACGUUCGCCAACACGGGGGAGCUGAAGAACCGGCUGCGGAGGCUGGAGCGGUAUGGGGAUGCGAGGGCGCAUCCGUCGCUGCCGAGGAUUAGGGGACGGGUGGUGGGGACGCGGACGGUGGUGUUUGAUGUGAAGGGUGUGCGGAGGAUGGAUGGGAGUGGGACGCAGGUGCUGGCGGAGAUUGUGAGGGGGUAUGUGGCGAGGGGGGUGGGCGUGUGGUUUAGUAGGGUGCCGAUGGAGGGGGGCGUGUGGGCGAUGUUUGUGAAGAGUGGGAUUGUGGGCGUGGUGGGGGGGAGGGGCAUUUUGUGGGGAGUGUGGAGGAGGCGUUGA